AUGCUUGCAAUGCAAUGGAGAUCUGUGAGAGAGAUGUCUUAUGUCAGUACAAAUUGUGCUCGCAGGCUCAUGAUGGUCCUCUUUCAUUCCAGUCUCCAGUUUCCUUAUGGUCUGACUCACAAAAUUAUUGGUUCUUGUUCAGAUGCCUUUGAUCCCUUCUUCCAUACAGGGGAUGGGAUUUGCCAAGUAGACAUGCCUGGACUUGACAAGGAUGAUCAAGUUAAAGUCUCUGUGGAGCAGAACACCAUGGUUAUCCAAGGGAAAGGUGAAAAAGAGUUUGAGAGUGAAGAAUAUACUCGCAAAAUUAUUGGUUCUUGUUCAGAUGCCUUUGAUCCCUUCUUCCCUACAGGUAGUUUGAGCCAAGUCCUGAAGAUGAUGGACAACCCCUUCAUGUCAACAGGCUGUGGAAAGGGAGUUGGGGCCGAAAUAAGUAGGGGAUGGGAUUUGCCAAGUAGACAUGCCUGGACUUGA